AUGCGCUUCCUGACAGCAUCGACGCUGCUGGCCCUCGCGGGCGCGGCCCACGCCGCGUCGUCAUGGACGUUUUCUGACGGCACCGUCACCGUGGCGUCCCGGGCCGCCGACAACGUUGUUGAGAAGUUCUCCGACGCCGAUCGAGUGAAGAAGUCUGUCACGCUGGGCUUCCAGGACACACUCAAGGUGUCCCUGACUGCCCAGGAGGGCUCCAAGGCGAAGCGCCCGCACCAGGCCUUCCUCGUCCUCAAGGAGGCGUCUGGCUUGGAAGCGCCGUUCCCCCUGACCGUGAAGGCGUCUGGCAAGGGAACCGUGCAGAUUACGCACAAGGACCUGCCGGUGCAGCUCCUGCUCUCGCAGUCGCCGCUCGAAGCCAGCCUGAUCAUUGCCUCCCAAGGCUCGGCCAAGGGCUCCGUCACACCCGUCUUCGACAUCAACUUGAAGCUCGACGUCAACGGCCCUACGCCGGCAUACGAGAAGCCGCUGCGAUACGGAUCGCUGGCGGAGAUUCACCACAUCUUCCGCGCGGGCCCUAAGAACCCACCCAAGAUCGUCUCUCUGGUGUUCUCGCUGGCCGUCCUCGCCACUGUGCCGGCUCUCCUCGUGGGGUGGCUUGUCCUUGGUGCCAAUGUCAGCCACAUCUCCAAGGCUCUCGGCAGCGCGCCCGUCUCCCACGCCGUCUUCUUCGGCUCGAUCGUGGCCAUGGAGGGCGUCUUCUUCCUCUACUAUAGCAGCUGGAACCUCUUCCAGGUCCUGCCGGCGAUUGGCGUUGUUGGCGCCGCGGCCUUCCUUAGCGGCACCAAGGCCCUCGGCGAGGUGCAGCGCCGCCUGAGCACCAGCCACCCGUUCAUCUUAAGCGUCAGCUUCACCAACCGCGACCAUCCACCGACAACCUCGGCUGAGCUGUACAAGACUCCAGGCCUCUUGGAAACGCUCACCAAAAUGGCAGACGCGUCGCAAACCUUCCCCUCGGUCGAGGAGACGCUCCAGCACCCUGCGUAUCCCGGCACCAUCUGGGCGCUGGAGCCUCACAGACAUGGCAUCCUCGGCGCGGCUGUCAACCGCGGCGGGCCCGUCAACAUUGCCUGGGCGAUUCACGGCUCCGGCCCCGUGAAGCUCGUCAUGAUCAUGGGCCUCGCCGGCGUCAAGACGUCGUGGCAGCGGCAGACGCGCUACUUUGGGCACGACCGCGGCGAGACGUACUCGGUGCUGCUCAUCGACAACCGCGGCAUGGGCGGCAGCGACAAGCCGCUGGCGCGGUACUCGACGUCGCAGAUGGCGGUCGACGUGCUCGACGUGCUCGACCACGUCGGGUGGACGGCCCCGCGCAGCGUCAACGUCGUUGGCAUCUCGCUCGGCGGCAUGAUCGCCCAGGAGCUGGCCUGCGCGGCGCCCCAGCGCAUCCAGUCGCUCUCCCUGCUGUGCACGUCGGCGCACGUCCGCAGUGGCAAGUCCCUCCCGCAGACGCUCGUCGAGCGCGCGGGCAUGCUCAAGCCCAAGGCCGAGGGCGACGCCAUCGCCGACACGGGCCGCUCCAUCUUCGUCGCCGGGUGGCUCGCCGCGCCCGACGCCGAGGACCUGCCCGUCCCCGGCGUGACGCCCCGCUGCGGCGACGUGCCCGGCGGGUACCGCAUGUUUGAGAAUAACUUCCAGCGCUUCCAGGCGCAGGAGCUGACCAAGAGGCGCGCGGAUGGGGCGUUUACGCUGCGCGGGUUCCUGUGCCAGCUUGUUGCCGCGGGGUGGCAUCGCAAGUCGGACGAGCAGCUGCGGGGGAUGGCCGACGCGGUGGGCCGCGAGAGGAUCAUGGUCAUGCACGGCACGGGCGAUAACAUGAUUACCGUGGCCAACGGGCAGAAGCUCAUCGACGUGAUUGAGCCGGGCACGGGGCUGAUUGUCGAGGGGAUGGGACAUGCGCCGAUCAUGGAGCGGUUCAAGUGGUUCAACGAGCUGCUCGAGGAGAGACUGAACGAGUGGACGAAACUGUAG